AAACAGGGGCGGAGGAGACGCAAAAAAAAGAGGGAAACAAAAAAAAAAAAAGGAAAUAAAAAAGAAAUGGAGUCUUCACUGAGAAACUCUUUGCCCGCGUUGCUGUCGCCAUCCAGACAGCUCUCCGCUUCUCACCCUUUCACUACCCAUGGCUCUAGUACCGCCGGAAACCACAAACCCACUCUCACUCCCACUCAGGUCCCGUCCGACGCCGAUGGACCGUUUGCAGACUCCAGAGACGGUGAUUAUGUUGCCUGGAACAGCAGCCGAGAACCGCCAGUUCUCCAACCCCAUUAUGACCGUAAGGAUCGCGAAAACGCUUCAGGGGCACCUCGAGAAAAACAUCACCGUCAUUUGGCCUUCGACCCUACCAGCCUAGAUCCUACCAAAUUCAGGCCACGUCAUAAGCAUAAGCAUAGGAAAUCCCGUGACGGGCGAUUCCCACGAAUAAUGAACCCUAUCGCCUCCUCCGCUAGUGCCAGGGGCUUGCUGCCCCAAUGGUCUGGUGGUCGCGAGAAGGAAAGCGAUCCCGACGAUGGACUUGCAUUACUUAGACCCGUGACAAGGGAGACAACUCGGUCGCGCUGGGGAUCUGAAUCUACCACGGGACUCGGUACUGGUAGCAGGAAAGGCAGUAUACUCGAUGAAAUUGACCGGAACAAUCACCUGGGUCUGAUCAGACGACAGGAGGUACGCUCGCUAGACGAUUUAGAGCAAGUGAGAGAGAAGAGAAAACAAGGGGAACGCUACCUACGAUCCGCUUUAACGAUAAUCGGCACACUUGCAACAGAUAUCACCCGCAGGCUCGAUUAUACUUACUAUAAUUUGUUGGAGAAGCUCGCCGCUCUCCACGUCACGAUCGCUUCUUUCCAAGAACUCUCGGAUUCGACAUCGACACUCUUCACAGACUUUGAACGAGAGACCACGAAUCUGGAUCAGGACAUUCGAAAGCAAAUCGGGGACCUCAGAGAUUUUCAGCCGCAGAUGCAGAAGAUCGAGGCCUUGGAAGAGCGUAUGAAAGCGGGAAGAAUGAGGGCUGAAGCGCUUAGCUGUAGGCUCCAAGAGAUGCGGAAAGAAAUUGACCGCUGGGAGAGAAAAGAGGCAGAGUGCCAAAUACGAAUCAGUCGCCGCCUCCGUAUAUGUUGGGGUUUGAUUAUGGCAGGAUUUCUCACUCUCGCCGUAGCUCUUAUUGUCCAGAACUGGAUAUUCCUGGAGUCGCCGGAGUCUGACAUGGCGUGGCAAGCAGCGACCGUGACAAACGGCUCUACUGGAGCCCUUGUGCACGAGCAGGAGAGUGAGAAUCAUUGGCUGGCCACAGAUAUUCCUGGAGAUAGCUAUGCGCUAUAUCAAUAUCCAUCGAAGCUAAUCUCUCGUCACGAUACCCGCUACACUACUGACCCGGCAACCUGGACUUCUGCUAAUCCUGAGGAUGCGAGGGCUACUGACCAAGAUCCAUUGAGAAUAUUCGACGAGCUCUGACAGGCGAUAUUCCCAAAGUCCUAAAGCUCAGCGUGAUCCACCUUUCUUGUCAAGGCCAGCCUUGAAUUCCUUUGACAACCUAUCGAGACUUUUGUAUACUAUUGACAUGAUACCCAAUAUGCAACACUGAACUUGUACAUUAUGCGUCUACGCCGUCAACCAAAGAUAGUUCAUCAUUGGCUAACUGCCUCCCUUCUUUUUCUUGUCCUCAAUGAUUUCAAUAUUCGCUUCCGGUAUUUUCUCCCCAUAGACCUCCAAUAACCAGACUUGGACAUCAUCGCUCACGUCACCCUGUACUGUAAUUUCCUCAUUCCCCGCGGCAGACCUUGUCACUGAAGAACCUGUUGCAAAUUUCUUGCCAAGAUCCUUGGCAACCUUCUUAUUUUCCAGACCAUAUACUUCCAAGCCUGCGAUGACCGUAACGUGCUUGCGUUUAUUCCGUUCAACACGCUUGAUUUGAACCUUGGAGGCCGCCUUGCGCUCUGCGUCGCGUGCUUCUGCCAAAGCAGCUUUUGCCUCCUUCUUAGCAGCGUCCUUCGCUGCACGCUCCUGGGCAGAUAUAGAAAGUGUCGAUAAAUUAGCGCUGAUGACUUCUGCAAAGGAACGCAAUCCUAUUAGUCUGUUCUUCACUACACUAUGCUGGAGUGAUGUUUUGCUGUACCUUCAGAGUGGAGUCGUUGGUAU